AUGAAGAACUCUUUCGCAUGUUAUGUUCUCCUGGUUCUGUGUGUUGAUGCUGCGUUUGCGCAGUUUAUUGGACCACCGCAAAAUAACUUUGACCAGCAGAGGAUCCUGACUCCGCAACAGCAAGGCCUAAUCUUGAGCGAUGUCCGACAACAUCAGCAUAGGUUCAACUCACCGCAGCAGUCCUUCGCACCAACGCAAUUCUCAAGGCAGCAAUUUAACCAGCAGCAAUUCCCUCAGCAAACGUUCCAACAGAACUUCCAGAAUACGCAGGUCGUGCCCACUGGUCAAGCUUUACCUAACCAACCCUUCCAGCCAACGGCAGCAACUAGUCAAGGCAAUCGCCAGAUCGUCCAGCAUCAUACUCAGACAAGCUUCAUGCCUAACUUCAAUCAACCUAUUCAACAACAAAAUCCAGCACCGACAUUUGCGACCAACCAACAAAUUGAUCCUGAAAAGCAAAAGCAACGCAUUAGGGAGUUAAAAGAGAAGCAAGCCAUUAUUGAUAAACAUAACCAAUUCGUCGAGAAACAAUACGAGAAGGCCUUAAAGAAAGCACAAACCGAUCAUACCGAAUUUAUAGAAAAUCAGAACGAGCAAAAGAGAAAACUAUACCAGACCCUUUUCAAAACCUCCAAUGGUUAUAAUACGCUUAGAUAUCAUCAAACCAACCCGAGAUUUAUUUACCCUGAAGAAGCUGACCUCUUUAAAUUGGCUGUGCAAAAAUAUUACGAAGAACAUCCUACAUCAACAACUACCACAACAACGACAACGACCACGACCACACCUAAACCUACAACCACGACACAAAAACCAAGACCAUCAACCGCAAGAUCUAUUAAAGAGAGAGAAGUUGAAGAUUCUGAAAUCUUUUUAUCUAACGAAAACUCAAGACUAUUCGGGCAAAUCAAACUUGCCACUCAGAAUAAGGAAUCUGCGGCUACAAGCAACAAAAUUACAUUCUUACCAACGGCUAUUCCAACAAGAAAUUCAGUGCAAUCAAUUCAAUCUCUCGAAGAUUUAACCAUCCUUCAGAAGCAAUAUAAAAAUCAAGAGAUUAAAAAGGACGAUUUAUUGGCUCAACUGAGGUUGGCAAUUGGAGAAAAUGCGGAAGAUGAAUUAAGCAAAAAUAUUACGUCUAGAGAAAUUUCUCUACCAAAUGGACAGCGGGUGGAGAUUAUCAGGACCACUGAUCCUAAACUGAUUCCAGGUGCUAAACCCUUAGAUCUUUCCACAUUGGGAAUUGAUAAACCCCAACCAUCGACAGCUAAACCACCUAAAGCGAUUCUCGAAGAACUGACCAGAGGCGUUUUACCACCAGGUGCUAAUUUUGAACUCUUGAGGGAAGGCAAUGCUGGUUUGGAAACCGUCGGUGGAUUACCUCAAAAUCUACCGAACCAGAAGAAGGUCACAUUCGUGUUGCUCGAGGAGCAAAAUGAUGGAAGUUUUAAAGUGCAGGGUGUUAAGGGCAAUACAAAGGAUAAAAGUGAAGUCGAUGUGGAUUCGAUUUUAAAGAAGAUUAAAGAUGGUGAAAUAAAAUUACCGCCAAACACAAAAAUUCAAGAUAUUGUGCCAUCAACCGAAAUACCAACAACUACUACAACUACUUCCACUACUCCGGCAACUACGACCACAACUACUACAACCACUCCAAAACCGAUUUAUUCUUCGACAACUGUAGGACCACUGUCAAUCAGCAUUCAACCUAAUUCUAUUCCUCCAUAUUUCGAUGAUGACUUAGUAAGCACCCCUAUAUUGCAAACGAAUUUCGGUACGCAAUUUAUUUCCUCAUCGACACCAUCACUUUCUUCUUCCACCUUCUUUCCAACAACGAAUGAGAUCCGAAGCAGUACAACCACUAGAUCAAUCUCAGCUUCUCCUAAAAAUCUAGAUUUCGAUUCACUUCGUUUAAGUCCAAGCUCAUCAAACGAUUUAGUAAGGCAAGCCUCCACUGCUGCUACUUUGAACCAAAACUCGCUCUUCAGUUCACCUCAACCAACUAACCCAACGUAUCCGUCGAGCAGUGCGAUUUCUAUCUUCCAAAAUCCUUCUUCAAUAUUACCAACUGUAACCACAACGACUGAACAGCCGAUAGCACUAGAAUUACCGGAUGUGCUUAAAAAGAACGGCCUUUUCGCAAUGGCUAGAUUCUUGCGACAAUCUGGUUUAGAUACUAUAUUAAAUGAGACCGGUCCAUACACCAUCUUCGUACCUACAGACAAGGCGUUCAGGACGUUGCUUGUUCAACUCGGAGGUCCGGAAAAGGCCGAAGAAAAAUUCAAGGAGAAUCCAAGAUUGCUCAGCGGUUUACUCUUGCAUCACGUCAUACCUGGAGCAUUCAAAAUCGACACGCUGCAAGAUGAGAUGACCGGAGUCUCCUUGGCUGGAACACAAUUGCGUGUGAAUCAGUACAACAUGCAUGAUAUGGAGUGGAACGACAUUAAGAUAACGACUAUUAAUGGUGCUAAAGUAAUGGACGACAAAAAAGAUAUAGAAAUUCCUCAAGGCAUCGCACACUCUAUUGAUAGGGUAAUGUUCCCCUUACCAGUAGGAGAUUUGGUGCAAACUCUGCAAUCGGAUAGGGAAAGAAGAUUCACUAAUUUCUUGAGGGCACUUUUUGCUUCGGGUUUAGCCGAAACUUUGCAAGGUACCAAGACGUUUACUCUCUUCGCACCAACCGAUAAAGCCUUUACUGGAUUGACCAGCGAAGAAUUGACGAGGACAGUAUCGGACAGGACGCUUGCCAGAGAACUGGUAAUGAGGCAUCUCACUCCAGGAACUUUGUACACGAACGGAAUGCGUUACUACCAAAUUAGGGACAGUCUUGAGGCAAACCGACAGAUAACACUCAGCAAAAGCUCAGGUCGCAUCAAGGUGAAUAACAACUCGAUCGUAACGCAGAAUAUUCCAUCGACGAAUGGUGUCAUACAUGCGCUAGAUACAUUACUUUAAUCCCUUUCCAAUCACUUCAUACACUCAUCUCUUUCGACAAUUAAUUCUCUCAUUUCAUUCUCCUUUCACAUGA